AUGAAGAUUAACCCCGCGAUCCCUGAGGAAGACAUCGCUGGUAUGGAAGGCUUCUCUUCGAGAAGUAUGUCGCCUCAUUUAUCUCGAUCCAUUCUGGAUUCCAGUUCAAGCACGGGCUCACACUCAGCCUCAUCCCCGGUAUCUCCAAGAGGUGCGACUUCACCAAGGUAUGUUGAUUCUCUGAAUCCUUCACAUUCAACUUACAUACAAGUCAUGAUGGCCGACACAGCAUCAGUAGAGGAACAACUUGUGACUAUGGCCCGUGCUAUUGAGAAACUCACCAAGACUGUGGAAGAUAAAGACUUGCAAAUUGUUUCAUUAAUGAAUAAGCUUAAAAUGUUCAUUGGGGAUGGAGCAAAACUUGUUCGUGAUACUUUUCAGCUUGCGAAGGAGAAAUCUCCUUGCAUUAUUUUUAUUGAUGAAAUUGAUGCUAUAGGCACAAAGCAGUUUGACAGUGAAGUCAAUGGGGAUAGAGAGGUCCAACGGACAAUGUUGGAGUUACUCAAUCAGCUUGAUGGAUUUAGUAGUGAUGAACGGAUAAAGGUAACAAAUAGAGCUGAUAUUUUGGAUCCUGCACUCAUACGUUCUGGUCGAUUGAUAAACUUAUUAUUAGGCAAGAACUCAAAUACAGUUCAACCACCGGCCAAGAUCAAGCUUCUGAAGCCCUUGCGCCAACGUUCCAAGGAGAUUCAAUCAGAGGGAGAUUCUAUACUGUAA